UAAACAAAGUUGUGGUGUCCAGUCUGUUUAGUGAACGAAGUUGUCGAGUUCACUACAGAAUAACGAAGAACUUGUAUUAGACAGUUUGACAGUCUCGUUUAACCCACAACAAUUCCGAUCGGAUUUACUGGUGUCCGUUUUGUGGGGAUCGCUUAGCGCUCAAUUAAAAUCGUGAUGUCCCGGACCGGAGGCACAACGAUAGUGAAAAUGGCCGUCACAACAAACCAUCAUAGUUGCAGUGCUUGUUUGGAACCUUGAUUAUUCGUAUUUAUUUUCGAUUUUUUGUAAAAGACACAACCACAAUGUAGAUUGUGUUGUUAAAUAUAAUUAAUCAGAAUUCCUUCUGGAAGUGGUAGACGUGUGAGAACUACAUUUACGCGAAACAUAAUUGAGCUAUAGGCCUACCCAUCACGGAUGACCAUGCUGCGCCUUGAAUCAUGAUUGAUCGUGGUAGCAAUGUUGUUGAGUCACAGCGUUGUAUAUCAAGUAAUUAAACAGUUUUCUUUUGUCGGCUGUAGUAAACAAAGGUGAAGAAUGCUACAAUCUGGUGUUUUUAUUCUUUUUCUUUAUUUGAACCAGAAUAUAAUGCUCUGCAGGUUAUGCAGGUCAUUAUAAUUAUGGACCCACACUGGGCCAAGUUUUGAUGUUGGCAUUGAUUUUGGUUAAUACAGAUUGUAAGAGAUUCUGUGGGAUAACAAUUUGUCUGCGAAUUUGUAUUCACUUGUCUGAUGGCAUAGCUGAUAGCCUGAGCAAGUGAACAAUGUGUAUAUAUAUACCAAACACUGCUGAAAAAUCAUAACUGAUUUAGUGUACAGAUGUAUAUUCAUGUAUACAGUAUGGAAAAUUUAUUACCAAUUUGGUGAUAGAUAGUGUACAUGUUGGUCAUACCAACAAAAUACUUUUGAAAUGGCAAGUCCACGAAAGUCUCUGAGUGCUAAAUUUCAACAAGCAGCUUUAAAGAAAGGAAGUUCUUCAAAGCAUGGGAGAGUUUGUAGCACUGAUAAGAAACAUGAUGAUGAGGGUGGCAUUCAGAAGCAAGAUGCGUGUCCACGUUUGUCAACAGAGUCCAGAACUAAGAAUAAGCAACUGGUUGACAAGCUGAUCGUUGGCAAUACUGAAAUUAAUAUCUUGAGUUCAGUAGCGGUAAGUCCAGAAAGUGAAUGUCCUCGAAGUCCUGGCGGUACUUUGCAAACCAUAUGUGAAGAUAAAGGAGAGUUUAACUUUGAUCAGACUAAAAUCAGUAAGUCGACAAUAACAUUGCCAAGACCUGCGUCUGAUUCAAAUGUCCAGUUGAAAAAACAAGAAGCUGAUCAGACUGCUAGGGAAGCUGAGCAUAGCUUUAGCCUCGGUACCUUUGUGAGAGACGAACCAAAAGUGGAACUGUUUAAACCAUUGACCACAAGAUUACCGUUGCCUCGUAGUCCUCUAGCAUGCUGCACGGACAAUGAAAAACCAGUACGAUUUUCCUUGAGUAAUGAAGAUAUGUUUAAGAGACCUGAUGACUAUGACAAAGAUUAUUUGUCAUCAACGCCUAAGAGUUCCGGAUAUCUUAAACCUUCGUGUAUUCUGUUGAAGCACGGCUUGUCACGUGAGAAUGCGUUCGAUGAUGUAGAAGACAUGUCCUUGUCAUCUUCAGAGUUUUCUCCAGGCAGCACAUCAACCAGUCUGGACAAAUAUCGCUUGGAUGACUUGAGUGAUGAUGGAAGCAUGAGUGAUGGACGUCUGAGGGAAAGUGCUGAAUUCAGUGAUGACACUCACGACUCUGUGAUUCCAGAGCCGUCUUUCCCGAUCAACAAGCAGUUGCAUAUUGUAACUUCUGUUGAUCGUGCAUUACAUCCAAGACGUCGGAGUUCUGGCUCGUCCAUCAGAUCAGCUGGCAGGUCUUCAGAGAACCUUGAUCAUGUGGCAUUUCUAGAAUACAUGAAGCGGCAACAGCUGUCGUCCUUUGUCCAGUACUUCCCGAAUACGAUGACGAUGACGGAAUUCAAGUUGCUGUCUGAUGAUGACCUGCAGGAGUUUUACAACAUUGAUGAUGCACAGUGUCGGAAGAUGCUCAUGAGAGCUGUCGACAAGGCUCGCGAUGAAGAAGGAAGUGAUGAGUCGGACUUCGGCCCUCAUGCCUCACCUUCACCUCUGCCCUCUCCACUGCUGAAGAAAUGUCGUGAUGAUCUGUCGUUUGGUCUGCCCAGCAGCCUUCGUAGACUCCAUCGGACUCUGUCGGAAGAUACGAAACAGCGCCGGAGGGAAAGCAUGCCAUCCACGCCAACCGGAGUCCAUCCAAACCUACAUCUUGGCCACAGUGUGGGAGCGUUGAUUGAGCCGACCAACUUACUGCGGAUGAAAAACACAGUACUGGGACAGUCUGCCCCGUCCCUCUGUGCCAGUGUGAAGGAACUUGCAGUAUCCAGAAAAGGAAGUCGAAACUAUGGAAGACGAUCUCUGAUAGCAAGCAACAUGUCACCGACCUUGCCUCAGCGCUGUCCUUCUCCGCAACCACAUUUAGGAAGUCCUCACGAAAGCCCGAGGAAUCUUUCUCCAAAUCAACAUGCCAAUUUCGCCUUUCAAGCCAUUAGAAAAUGUGAUGGGAGGCGGUGGUCUUUUGCUUCUUUGCCAUCAUCAUCCGGUUAUGGUACUAACACUCCAGGCAGCUCCAACUAUUCGUCUCGCUACUCCUCUCAAGAAAAGUUACACCAGCUUCCCUCCCAGCCUACCGCGGAAGAGUUACGGUUCUUGUCAAAGCACUUUGGCAGCUCAGAGAACAUGGCGGGCGGGGUGGGGAUGGUUACGUCGGUGGAUGACGACGAACGGUGCUCACCACAGAUGAGACCCAGGUCUCGAAGUCUGAGCCUUUCCUGGCUUGCUCUAGAUAGUCCAGCGCGGUCUCCUGGUGGAGAGUCUGAAGUGAUCAUCAUGAACAGUGUAUACAAGGAGAGGUUUCCAAAGGCCACAGCCCAGAUGGAAGACCGACUUCGUAACUUCAUAGAGCACAACAAGACGCUGUGCCCAGAGAAGGAGUCUGACGCUGUGCUGUGUUUCACCCACCACCAGGUCCUCGAGCUGGCCCGCGACUGUCUCGCCAAGUCAGAACAGAAGCUAGUGACAACCAACUACUUCUGUGAGCUGUCUGAGAGUCUGGAGAAACUCCUCACUGAUGCGAGGGAAAGAUCUGUGAAAGCUUACAAUCAUUUGUACCCACUGGUGAAACAACUGUUCCUCAUUGUCUCACGGCCAGCCAGACUUCUUGAAUGCUUGGAGUUUAAUCCAGAAGAGUUUUACAUGCUGUUGGAAGCUGCUGAAGGACACGCCAAACAAACGAUUAAAGCUGAUAUUCCAAAGUACAUCAUCAGCAAGUUAGGACUGACGCGAGACCCACUGGAAGAAAUAAUUAAUGUGGAUCUUGAUCCGGAGAAACUAGAAGAGGAAGAACCAGAGGAAAAAGAAGUACAACAAUUAACCAAAGCAAAACCACCCGUUGAAGAGGAUUUUGAGACGAUUAAACUUAUUAGUAAUGGUGCAUAUGCUGCUGUUUAUUUGGUGCGUCACAAGGCAACUCGACAGCGAUUUGCCAUGAAGAAGAUUUGUAAACAAAACCUGAUGUUGAGAAACGAGAUUGAACAAGUGUUUCUGGAGCGAGACAUUCUGACCUUCACAGACAACCCUUUUGUUGUCAGCAUGUACUGCAGCUUCGAGACAAAGAAACACCUGUGUAUGGUGAUGGAGUACGUGGAAGGGGGAGACUGUGCUACGUUGCUCAAGAAUGUCGGCCCACUUCCUUUAGAUCUUGCCAGGAUGUAUUUUGCCGAAACUGUUCUUGCCCUGGAGUAUUUACACAGUUAUGGAAUUGUACAUCGUGAUCUCAAACCCGAUAACUUUCUCAUCAAUGCCACCGGCCAUAUCAAACUGACAGACUUUGGAUUAUCAAAGAUUGGAUUAAUGAGCUUAACAACUAAUCUGUAUGAAGGUGCUAUGGAUAAAAAGUCCAAAGAGUUUCAAGAUAAACAUGUGUUUGGAACACCAGAAUAUAUUGCUCCUGAAGUUAUCCUGAGGCAAGGUUACGGUAAACCGGUGGAUUGGUGGUCGAUGGGCAUUAUUUUAUAUGAAUUUCUUAUUGGUUGUGUUCCUUUCUUUGGUGAUACACCAGAGGAGUUGUUCUCUCAAGUCAUUAAUGAAGAGAUAGAGUGGCCGGAUGAUGAUGAAUGGCAGGUGAAGGAUGACGCAAAGGAUCUGAUAACUCGUCUUCUCACCCAUGACCCUAUCGAGCGACUGGGCUCGUUGGGCGCAUACGAAGUCAAGGAACACAUAUUCUUCUUUGGUGUGGACUGGAACAGCAUUCUGCGCCAGAAAGCCGAAUUUGUUCCCAACCUGGAGAACGAGGAAGACACAAGCUACUUUGAUAGUCGGACGGACCGGUACAGCCAUGACCUGGAUGGGGAGGACACAGAGGAUGAUGCUGAGGAUAUUCUCUUUCACAGUUUUUCGUCUUGUUCGCCACGGUACAGUCGGGUGUAUAGCAGAAUACAAGAGGAACUCACCGAGGAGCGAAGAGAGAAGGAUCGCCGGCGACAUUCGAGUGCCGAUGACUUCCGAACGCGAGUGUUGGAGAAGCAGGCUCUGGAGCGCAAAGAUUCCAACCAGUCUGAAGGGUCGGAGAGUUCCCUCGAGCUGAAGAGCAUUUUACGCAAAGACAGCCUUCACUCGGACAACGACUCACGCACAGAUGCCAGUACCAUCAAAAUGGAUGAAGAUGUCUUUAGCAGCAUAGACACACCACGCUCACGUGACCUGAGUAUCUCGGACUCCUCCCAGACUGACAGUGAUUCCUGCGGUUCUCCGCAAGUGACACGCUCCAAACCACAGCUCAAAAACAUCAUCCCUCGCUUGGCUAUUUCAUCAGAGGAAGAACGCACGUCAUCAAGUUCCAAAGAACUGUCCCCAGUGGAUGAAGUUAAAGAGAAGGCCGAUGACAUGGAGGUGAAGAAGUUCUCUGAGAAGUUGCCCAACAUGCAGAAAUCCCAUUCUGCCACAGCCUUGUCUAUGCUGCUGCAGUCUGGCGAAUUCAGCAUUCCUGCCAAAAUGCGAUCACCUGUUGGCUCUGUGUCGAGCACGAGUUCACGCGACGGCUCUCCCAACCGUAGUUCAAGUCUGGCCUGCAGCUUGAAGCCACCGAUCGUUGUCAAGAGAGGAGCGUGUGGGUUCGGGUUCAGUUUCCAGUCCGUCAGAGUCUACAUCGGUGAUACAGAUGUGUACACGAUCCAGCAUAUUAUUACUGAUGUUCAGCAGAACAGUCCAGCGUUUGAGUCGGGUCUUCGCCCGGGUGACCUGAUCACUCACAUCAAUGAGGAAUCUGUUCAGAGCCUGCUUCACACGCAGGUUGUGCACCUGAUGACAGGCAACGUGAUCAGCAUUAAGUGUGUGCCCAUAGAGAGCACAUCGAUCCGCACAGGCACGCGGAGGAAGACGACCAACCCAGGCAAGAUGGCUCGCCGGGCAAUUCGGAAACGUCAGCAGAAGGAGAAGGUAACGGAGAAGAAGAAAGGUCGCUCGUUGUUCCGUCGUCUAAGCACAAAGAAAGCCGAGCACGUGUUGCCGUCGUCUCCAGCCAGCUCGCGAUCCUUCUGUCACUUCAGUCGAUCGUUCUCGUCGAGCGAGGGCACCCCGGCGUCCAGCAAGUCGGGGAAGUCUCCGCCCAUGUCCGGACACUGGUCCCUGGACUCGUCCCUCAACAUGAGCUCAACCAGCAGCUCUCCCAGCUCGAGCACGCCCAACUCGCCCGCCGGCCCCGCUCACCUCGGCCGACCCAGCUCGCUGCACGUCGUCAAACACAAGAAAUCUCAAAGUCUGAAGUCGCCACAUCGAAGGAAGUCUGUUCACAACAUCCCGCUCUCGCCUCUUGCCAGGACGCCCUCCCCAUCCCCGCUGGCCUCGUCGCCGGCGCGCAGCCCCAGCCCCCUGGCGUGCGUUCAGAGCCAUCAGGUGGGCAGCUCCAGCAUGCCCCAGCAGACAAUCCCAGCCUAUCUGAACCCGACAAGUGCUGGUCAGAACCUCGCGCCAACCAACGGGUCGAGGGCGAAGGGUGCCGAUCCCAGUUCUCCCAUGAUGCGCAGAGCGGUUUCGCCGGACAGACUUCAUCCAAGUUCUGCUGAGAAAUUACCAGUCCAGAGAAAGGCUUCUCUUCAGGAAAAGAAGGCUUCCAUGGACUUGUAAAAGUUGAACUUUGUGAGCUGUUGGUGAAGAAUAUUUAUUGUUUGAACUGAAAUCUAGAAACUGUUGAGGCUAUUUUAAGGAUCGUCUUGCUUUGAAUUGGGUGUACAUUCCAAGCAGAAGAUUCUCACAGAUUUAAUGUCAGGAUGUUCCCGACUCCAAUCAAAUACAGUGUUUGCCAUUUGGUAAUGUUUCAUUUCAUGUGUUGAGAUGGUAAUAGAUUUCUAAUAUGUUAUAAUGUAAUGAUAUUUUAAAUACCGAUAUUAAUGAUGGAUGAAGAUCUUUUGUGGCAUCUAAGCAGCUGCUGGUGAUUCACUAUUAGUCAGGCAGUGACACAACAGGUGUGUAGAUGCAACAUGAAACUGUGCAGUUCACUACAAGUUAAGCAGUGAAGUCGAAAGCAUAGCAAGACAAUGACAAAGAUUAUUUCAUAUUCUAUGAAUCAGAAAUUCUAUAUCCACUGUUAGCGUUAAUAUCUGGAUUUGAUCGUCGUGUACAAAGGACAUCUCCUGCUGGGGCAGUCGUAAACUGGAAGACUACAAGAUGGUCUCGUGGCAUUGUGUUAACAUGAUUUAAUGAUUGACAACUACAAGAUUGGUCUUCAGCAGUUGGGUCCACAAGGUUUUGUGAAUGAAGUCUGGGAGGCUGGUUUCGUCUGAUUGUGUUAACAUGAUUCAGUGGCUCAAUGCUGUAAGAUUUGUUUCAUGGAAUUGUGUUGACAUGAGUUUGUGAAUAAAAGGCUACAAGAAGUUGUGUUAACAUGAUUUAAUGACUGGAAGUUAGGAGAUUUGUCUUGUGGAAUUGUGUCAGCAUGAUUUAAUGACCGAAAGUUACAAGAAUUGUUUUGUGGAAUUGUGUCAAGCAUGAUUUAAUGACCGAAAGUUACAAGCAUUGUUUUGUGGAAUGGUGUCAGCAUGAUUUAAUGACUGAAAGUUACAAAAUUUGUUUUGUGGAAGUGUGUUGACAUAGAUUUAUGACUAAAGGGUACAAUGUAGAUCUCGUGGAAAGUUACAAGGCCGGUCUUGUGGAAUUCUGUUGACAUAGGUUUGUGACUAAAAUUUACGAUAUUGGUCUUAAUGAAUGGGUUUGUUUGCAAAAGUCGUUAAGUGACUGAAAGCUACAAGAUUGGUCUUGUUAACUUGUGUUACAAAGUUUUGCAACUAAAGGCUACACAACUGGUAUUUGUGUCUCGUGUUACCAUGGUUUUGUGACAAAGGGCUACUUGAAUGGUUGUUUUCACUUGGUGAUUGUUCCUGACUGACGGAUAUGGCAUUAUGUGAUCCAUUUUAUUAUUCGUGGAAAUACUGAAUGCAGCUGUUGAUCUCAGAUCAGUUUGGCAGUUAGAGGAGAUAAACUGUACCUGUGUUAUUUUGCUCAAUACUAACAGAUUGAUGUAAAGAAUGAUUGGGUGCUGUCUUAACACAUGAAUUAAUGUUCUUUAUGCACAUUCUUUUCAAGUUAUUAUUUUUUUUUUUCUAAGCCACAUAAUUCUUUUAACCAAAUGUUCUGCUUUUACAAUUUUGUUGUUUUUGAAAAGUGCUCAUUUUGAAUCACACAGUUCUUUGGUUUUCUUUCUUUCUUUAGCUUUCAAAAGACAUGUCAAAUUUGUGCAUAUUUGUGAGUUAUGUAUUAAUAUUGCUUUAAAUUUUGUACCAAAAGCUGAGCGUGAAAAUGAAGAAGAAAAAAUUACAUUUGCUACAAAUUUGAUCAAGUACUGAAGAGGGUGAUACCUGAAGAUACAUGUAGUUUAUGCACAAGAGUUGAAGAGUUACUUAGUUUUUAUAUAUUUUUAAUGCGGACUUUAAAAGAGACUUUGUGAGUGGCCAUGAACAUGUACUCCCGAUAGUGAACUGUUGAAUUCAUUACAAUUAUUGGGCAAAGAUUUGAUAAGCAUUCACUGAAAUUGUAGGUUUCUUCCCAAACAACCAAAAAACUGAGACAUGAAAAUCCUUCAGAUGUUUCUGGAAUUCCAGAUUUUAGCAAUCCACAAAAAGAUGUUCUUUAAAUUAAUUAAUAAACAGUUCUCAGUAAUUCUUUAUUUUUCACAAUCCUGCACAAUUUUCCAUAAAUUUAUGUAAAAUGUAAUUUUCAUGUGUGAAAAACAUGCAGAAAUGAAUGUGUAUAAAAUAGCUUACUUAUAGCAAUCUCAGUGCAUGGUUUGUCUUUUCAUCAGAGCCAAAUGAAUUGUAACUUGCAUGUACUUGUAGGAAUGUUUGGAAAGUAUCCCUAAAAAUGUAUAUAUCAUUUAUUUUAAAGGUUUUUUUCAGGGAACAAUAAGUAUUGUAUAUCACUAAAAAGCCAAAUUAAAUGUAGUGAACAUUAAUUUUGACCAAAAUAAAACCAUCACCUGAAUCACUGUUGACAAUGUUUUUGACAAAAAUCUUGUGCACAUUUAUUAAGUUAAACAUGAGAAUUUCUCAAUAUUAACUAUACACAGAUCUAUAAGAAUGGAGCAUGUCAUGGGGUUUUUGUUGGGUUUUUUUUAGUGGAGACACCAAGAAGAAGAGGCAUCGUACUACAUCUUAUAUUUCACUAAGGCUGUGAUACUUAUUCAGGAGAUUUGUACAGAUAGUUCAGCAAGUGUGUUUGUGCGUGUGUGUGUGUGUGUGCGUAUGUGAGCAUGCGUGCAUGUGCUUAGGCGUGCGUGUGUUGUGCUGUUUGUGCGCUUGCUAGUCUUUUCAUUCUAUUUCAUUUAUUCAUUGCCAUUUUGAACUAUGUUCAGUAGGAUGUAAUGUCAUGUUAUUCAACUUUCAGUUCGAACACUAUCACAUUGCUGACAUUUAUCUUGAUCAUAUAUUCCCAUGUAAAAAAUGAAUACACCACAAUCAUACCUGAGUUUUAUAUUCUAACUGUUAUAAUUGUAAGUAUGAAUAAUAGUGCAGACUGGAAACAGUUUCUCAUUAGAAAGUAAAAGUCUAUUUUUGUAAGGCUUGAGUCUUUCGCUAUGCAUGUAUGUUUAAUUUUGUUUAAAAAUGUUUCUUUGGGGUUUUUUAAUGUGUAAAUAUCAAGGUUGUCAACUUCAAGUCAAGUUCAUUACAGUAAAAUUAAUGAAUUUAUGGUUUUGUUGUGUUUUAUAAAUAGUUUUAAUUAAUAUUGAAAGUUCAAAUAAAUUAUUUUGGGAUAACAUAAAAUUUAAAUGAUUUACAAAAACUAAUCUAAUUAUAGAUUAUAAUUAUAAUUAAUUAUAGAUAAAAAAUCUAAUUAUAGGACUCACCUUUCAUGUAAUUUCUAAUUUUAAUCAUAAAUAUUUAUUAAAUCAAAGUCACGAUAUAAUGUGCUUUGCUUCAUAAAAUAUGUCUUUCAUUGCAUGUAUUUUGAUGUAUUCAAGCCAUUUGUUCCAUAUAGUUAAACCAAAUGUAUUAAGUCUGUACUAUAGGUUGCAUAAUUGAUUGCUUUGCUAUUUGUAAAAAUUUGAACUGGAAGCUAUUUUCGUGAUACAGCUUUCUCAAGAUGUAUUUUCUCAUAAAUUUUUGUAUGAAAUAUGAGUCUGUACAAUUUUUUCAUUCUGUUGAUAAUUUUUUAUAAUUUUUUUUGUCUUGGUUAAAUUUGAUCUAAAUAAAAAAUAACAAAUUCAAAGCACUUGUUUCAAGCUAUAUGCAUUCACAUACAUGUCAUGUUACGUAUUGUGCUGUAAAUGACCUACCUAUAUAUAUAUAUAUAUUGGUUUGUUGUCAUUUGUUAAAACUGUGUUAUGUAACCUGUAUGAGUAAAUGGUGGAUCCAUAACCAUUUGAUAUUUUUAAACUUCACUCAUUUUUGGUUGCCAUUUUUUGUAUACAUAGAAAAAGUAUUAUCAAAUAGCCAAUCAGAUUCAGGGCCAUACCUACAGGUAGUCUAAAAUAAUGGGGGGUGAGGGGGUUGUGGUGGCAGUAAAACCAAAAAUUGGUGCACAGCAAUACUGGAUCUCAAGCUAGAUGAAAAGAACAUUCGUAAACUAAAAAGGUCACUUUUGUAUUUGUAUUUGUCUAGAGGAGCAGCGGCCCCUGCCCCCACCCCAGCCAUUAUGGCCCUGAAUUUAAGAUUGUUUAAGUAAACAAAUUAUUUCCAAAUGUGUUUAUGUAAAUAAUAUAAAGGAGUGUUGUCAUCCAGCGAAACCAUCUACUUGUAUAACAAAACCAUCUUGAUUCUUACAUACAUAAUUAAUAUGUAAAUAAAAUGAAAACAAAUUAAAUGCUGUCCAUGUAUGUCACUGAAGAAGAUAAAUUAAAUGCUGUCCAUGUAUGUCACUGAAUAAGAUAAAUAAAGGGAGGACGAUAAAAAGAUCAACUGAAAUUCACUCGUGUAGCUCAUCCUGUUAACAAAUUUGUAUGACUUUAGAAUGUUAAAAACAAAAGGGAGUGUUUCCAAAUUAUGGUAAAGAAAUAAACUAAUGUGUAAAAUUGCGCCAAUAAGCCUCAGAAACAUAAAUAAUCCAAAUGAGAUGUGACAAAGAGGUCAAAAUAUCUUUAUGGUACUUAAAAUGACAUUAUUCUGUGCAGUAUAUAUUUAAGGAUUGUCUGUUAUUUCUUUUAUGUUCGUCUGGGUAUGAGCAAAAAAGUCAUCUGCAAACUGUGAAUCGGCGAAGCCAUUCACACAUAAGUUUGGGGGUCAUUUGUUUUGUUGAUACCCAGAUGAACAUAAAAGAAAUAAGGGACAAUCCUUAUAAUUAAAUUUCAAACACACUUAUUAAUAAUACUGUUAAAAGUGCAUACUUUAUUUGUAAUUAUUUUUGGUCCAUAAACAGUAAUAAGACUAACUUAAUAUAAAAUGAUGUCGUCAGAUAUGACAUUCCCUAACGAAGUAAUAUUGACUUUCAUAGAGAAAUAAACAAACUCCCAUAGCUACGGCUGGACCAGUGGGGAUGACAUUAUGUUGUAAUGAAAACUGGUAAUACUGUGAAUUUGUGAUAAAACAUGUCUUUUACUGCUCAUAGCAUAAUAGUCCAUUUUUGCAUAUUGGUUGUCUGUAACAUGAUGCCGUACUGUACAUAUUAAUGGAGUUUGUUAGUGUGUCUUGUCUUGUGAUAUACAUGUAUGUAACAGUAUUCCACAUUUGGAAUAUAUUUUUUAAAACGAGUUUAGCAUUCUGGAAAAUAUUGAAAGUGAUAUUUUGUAAAUAUUUUCAUAUGUUGAAGAGAAAAUUACACUUCACCAGUAUAAUGCAGUACUGGAGUUGCAUAGAUGCACUGAAUAUAUAUGGAUUGUAUAUGUUGCCAAAGAUCAGUUUGGUUUACUUUAUACGAGUUAUUUUGAUGGCGAUUGUCAUAUUGUGUCAUGUCAAAAUAUGGUUUCUCUGACAACUUUUAUUUACAUCUUUCUUUUUACUUUAAGAAAAUUAUAUUUUUUUAAUAAUUUUUAUUUAUUUACCUAGAAGAAAAAAAAGUAGAUUUAAAUACUUUGAAAAAAACAACAACUGUUACAGUAAUAGGAUUACCAAAACUAGCUUAAUUAAUGUAAAAUACUUUACUUAUGAAAAACCCAAAGCCAAUAGAAAUCUUAAAAUUCAUUUACUUUUUUUAUAUAAUACAUGUACUGCGUCUAACCCAGUUUUUCAAAUUGUCAGUCAUUGCAAAGUGCGUCUUUAAUACCAGUUUACAAAUUAUGACAACAAUGACGUACUUCUAGUAGACUGGUCCCUAGACAGCUAAUGAUAGUUGAUCAUUCAGUCAUAUCUAUGGUAAUCAUUUAAAAAAAAACAAAAAAAACUAAACAUUUUUUAAUUGCUUCUUCAUUAUGUUUUUUUUACAUGAUAUGGAAAAAAAUAAUGGAUUUAAUGGCGAGUUUGUAUGUAGCAACAUUUGGUUGUCCGUCUCCUGUCGGGCAAAGCCACUUAAAAAAUAGGUCAUAAUUUGUAAGCUGGUAAUUGAGCAAAAAUUAAUUAUUGCUUACAACUGCCUACCUGUUGAUAUGUUACAUGAUUACUGUUGUCACUGCCAAUUGUGUUUCUUUUUACUUGUAAAUGAAGUUUCCUUUGAUAAACAUGAACGAUGUCGUUCUGUACAGUUCAGUAUUAUUGUGUGAUGUGUCUCUGGAUAGAUAGCUCAGUUAAACACCAAUAACAUGAUAUUGCUGAUAUCUUGCAUUAACUGUUAAAGGUCCUAUUGAAUAUUUAUUUAAGGCUAGCUCUGGGUUAGAACAUUUUGCCAAAUUGCCUAUUGAACUUCAAAAAUUACAGAAACCCAGUUAUUUUUUAACAAAAUGUCAAUUAGUAUUUGAAAUUAUUUGCCAGAUUUAAAUAAAAUUCGCAGUUGGCAAAUUUGGCAAAGUGCCAGAGCUAGCCUUGUUAUUUGCAAUGCUAUUUAUAAAUCAGGUUAAUGCAUGAAGGAAAAAAUAACUUGUUCAUUAAAUAAUUAUUUAAAAAAAUUGGAAAAUUUACAAUAAAGAAUCUUAAUUUGUUAAUUACAUGGGUGGGUUAAUAGUUUUCUUAAGUUUAGAUUUUUAAAGUGAUUAGUUACAUGUAUAUAAAGGUAAGGCAUUUAAUAAAAUUAUUAAGCUGAACGUUACAAAUCCUGUGGUAAUUUUAUCAUUAAACUGGUGACAACAACAUUUAAUACUUUUAUAAAGCUUAAAAAACCAACACAUAUGAAGUGUAUAGGAAUGCAGUACUUUGGUGAAAAAAAAGGAAAAAGAGAUAACUGCCUGUGACUUUGUAAAAUGCUUUACUAAAAUGCUACAGAUAUAAAUAGUGGAUGUACUAAAUAAUAGUGGGGGGUUGCUGUUUGUUUAGUAUGUAAUGAAAUGUUCCAGUUUUUCUGCAGUCUGUGUAGCCUCAGCUGAUUGUCGUAUCUGCUGGUUUUCAACUCUUUCAUGAUCUGUAUGUUGGCAUUACAGUUAGGAAUGUGUUUCUUAUUAGAAACAAAAAAUGAAUGCUGUUUGAACUUAAAUCCCUGCAGCAUCCAAAGUUCGCUGUUGACAUUACACCAAAUUGAUCAAUGUGCUUUAGUGGUGUCGUUAAACAAAACAAACUUUUAACACCAAAUUGCAUCCAAGGCAUACCGUUAUAUUGCCAAAUAUACUCUCUUUUUUUUCCCCCCCAUUAGCCUUGCUCAUUAAUGAUAUUUGUUAUUUACCAUGUUAUAUCAAACAUAAUUGACCACAUAUUUGUAUUUUGAGAGAAAGAAAUGAAGAUUGCUAACUUGUAUUGAUAAAAAGGAAGUAGUACUAUGUAAUAGAAACAUUUAAAUCAUUGUUGGUGUUCUGAACAAAUUGCAUCUCUACAUCUGUGUCAACCAGUAAUGGAUAAAAUAUUGCUGCUUAUUAGUAGAUGAAAUUACAUUAAUUAAACUACGUUAUUCUGUGUGUAUCAGUCAGUCCCAAUGCCGAUGCCAACAGUUUCUUACUACAAAUCAUGAUUUGCAAAUAUGUUAACAGAUCACUCUGUUGUCAGUAUCUUGUUCAACAUUUUGGUAUAUUCUUGUGGAUAUAAACAUUGUGUACUUCGUAAUGUAAGUUUUAGUAGCAUACUGCUAUUUGAAUGUUGCAAGAAUUAUUUUGCCCCCCCCCCCCCCCCCCCCCCUCCAAAAAACCCCAAAACAACUAUAUUUACAAGGCAUGUACUUAAUUAUGAAAAACCUGUAAAUUUUUUUCACUUGAUUAAUCGAAAAAAAUAAUAAAAUUUGUCCACCUUUUUCCUAAACAGAACAAAAUUUGUCCACCUCUAUCCUAAACAGAACUACUAGUACUUUUUUCAUCGAAUUUAUAGCAUGUUCUGUGUUCAGAUGAUUUGUAACAGAUAUGUUAUGCAAUUUCCACAUAACAAACUUUCAUAUUUUUUACUGAUGUAUGUAUAAAACCAAAUUUAUUCUUCAUCCUAGAUGACCAAAAAAAAUAGAAGAGUUUUUGUUUUCUAUUUUUCAACAAAACAAAGGCAAUAAAAACCAUUGGAUCUUUAAGAUAACUUUUGUCUUCUUAAAACUGCGCAGAUUUAUAAUUUUGUGUUGCCAAAGUACUAAUUUACUGCAUUGAAAUAAUGCAAAAUGCUACAACAUAAAAAGUCAUUUUGAUUUAAAUGUACAUAUGAUGUUGAGAAUUGUCUAUUAUCACAUCUGUAUUUCUCAUUGAACCCCCAGCUACCAUCAUCAUGUUCUGUUGCAUUCUCUGUUAAAAAAAAGAAAAAAGUCUUCUGUUCUUCAA